AUGCAAUAUUACAGUCCUUUUGAUGAUUUAUUCGGCCUAGCAGCGUUGGUGAAGUCAUGCGCCAAUGACAGCUUGUCGGCAAGUCCACAGUCCGACAACAGUUACUGGAACGAACAUGAGCGCGAGAGGUUCUCGGAUAGUGAGGGCAGUGUGUUCGGAAGCGACAAAGAUCCUGGCUCGCCCACUGGAUAUCUGACAAGUGGAUUGAUAAUGCAUGUGGAAAGUCCAACUUUCGGAAGAACGAGCUCGCCAAAAGAGUUCGAGUUCCCGAGCGCAUUAAGCAAGAUUCCGCCAGCUGAGCCGCGUUCAAGCCACCGAAAUCGCAAUCAACGAAUUAACUCAGUGCCUGUAAGUAGAUCACAACCAUUUAUGACCUUAACUUAUGAAGACUUUCUGAAGAGUUUGGAGUGUAUGGGACCGUUGAUCACCCCGAACACGACGAAUCCGGACGAAAGAAAUGCUUCGCCUAUCGUCAGCCAGCCUUGCGGAACCCGAUAUGACGCUACGUUACUCCUCGGAGCCCGAAGCAACUCGCUAUCACUAGGAGUUCCCGGAACCUCGGUGAUGGAGAAAAAAGUAGGGGCUGCUCGUUACUGCGUGUUCUGUAAGAACAACGGCGAGGAAGAGUAUUUUUACAACAAUCACGUGCUGAAAAGUGACAAUGGAAUAAUCGUAUGUCCCGUUUUGAGGGCAUAUCAGUGUCCAAUUUGCCAUGCAUCAGGGGAUUAUGCCCAUACUAUCAAAUACUGCCCGCUAGGAAAAGGAAACGAACACGAUUGGCUGAACAAUCGCGGCAACCGAAGUCAGGCGACUAGAAACUCGUCUUCAAAAGUUUGA